GCUGCCCGGUUACAGCGCGGUGCGCCCCUAAAACCUGCACACCGCACGCGUUCCAGGGUGGAUCGGGGUGGUUUUUGUUCUAUUAGAUUUCCUCAUUUGACCCGAAUUUCCCCGAUCAUCCGGUAUUUUGACGCGUAGGAUAACAGCUGGCGUCCGGAUUGUGUGACGCUCAUUUAUUUCUCAUUAGUUUAUUGGAAUCGUCGGGAAUAUUUUCUCCCAGUUAUUUGAAUGGCUGCAGGUUCCAGCUUGAUUCUUGGGCGUUUCAGCGCGACGCGUUUUACGGAAUAAACCGCCGGAACGCUUUUCUAGACAUGUAAAUGAUGCCGUCGUGCGUUAUCUACCCGGUAAACGCGCAGCGGCGCGUCCGCUCUGGUUGAUGACAAUAGCAGAUUUCACAGCGACACGUCACACAUCGCUGACGCGAGCAGAAUAAAGAACUCUCGGUUACCGGUUGGAAGAAAAGAAAUGUCUCUCAGUAGAAGUAUCGAGCUCGAGCACUUUGACGAACGCGACAAGGCGCACCGCUCCAAACGCGCGUUGGGUGGUUCGGGCGGUCCGGGAUCUCAGCAGGGUUCCCGCGCGAGCAGUCUGGUACCGAGUCCCGCGCACAGCGCCAACUGCAGCUUCUACCGAACGCGGACGCUUCAAGCGCUCAGCUCCGAGAAACGCGCGAAGAAGGUGCGCUUCUACCGGAAUGGAGACCGGUAUUUUAAGGGUCUUGUGUACGCGGUGUCAAACGACCGCUUCAGGUCAAUAGACGCGCUCCUGGCGGAGCUGACGCGCUCGCUCACGGACAACCUGCACCUGCCGCAAGGUGUGCGCAACAUCUACAGCGUGGACGGGUCGAAGAAGAUCGCGAGCCUGGAGGAACUCGUGGAAGGUGAGAGUUACGUGUGCGCCUCUAACGAGCCCUACAGAAAGGUGGACUACACGAAGAACGUCAACCCUAACUGGGGUUCUCGGCAGGCGGGGGCGGGGCCAGUGGUCGGAGCGGUGCCUGUUGGCGGAGUCGUGCAUCAGGGGGCCCAGCGCGCGGCUGGAGAAGCAAGGGAGAGUAAAGACUUUAUCAAACCCAAACUUGUGACGGUGAUCCGGAGCGGCGUGAAGCCUCAGAAGGCCGUGAGAAUUCUGCUGAAUAAGAAAACGGCGCACUCGUUCAACCAGGUGCUCGCCGACAUCACAGAAGCCAUCAAACUGGACUCCGGUGUGGUGAAGAGACUCUACACACUGGACGGCAAACAGUUAACGAGUCUGCAAGAUUUCUUCAGCGACGACGACGUUUUCAUGGCGUGCGGUUUGGAGAAGUUCCGUUACGCUCAGGAUGACGCUGCGAUUGGACACGCAGGGAAGGGCGCCACGGCAGCAUUCGUUAAUGAGUGUAAGAAAUCCAGACCAUCAGUUCCACCCAAGACAUGUGGGCCCAGAAGUUCUGGAGUGCCGAGAUCCAAAUCGCCCGUCUCUGCCAAUGAGGCUCCAGAGAGUCAGUCUUCACCAGUGACAUCAUCGAAAUCUCCAGGCAGCCUGAGAGGUUCUGUUCUUCAGGCAUCUCCCUCUCCAUCCCCCACCAGAGAUCUUCAUGAUGUAGAAGACCUCACUCCAGAGGUGAAUGGGAAUGAAGUUCAAUCGUCUGUCAUCACGGAGAAAUACAAAGUGGGAAAAGUCAUCGGAGACGGAAACUUUGCAGUAGUCAGAGAGUGUGUGAAGAGGUGUACAGGUCAGGAGUACGCACUAAAGAUCAUAGACAAACCCAAAUGCAGCGGGAAGGAGCACCUGAUAGCCAAUGAGGUGGAGAUACUACGGCGAGUGCAACACCCCAGUAUUAUUAUGCUAAUAGAGGAGCUGGACACACCCACUGAGCUGUAUCUCAUCAUGGAGCUUGUUAAGGGUGGCGACCUGUUUGACGCGAUCACUUCCUCUACGAAGUACACGGAGCGAGACGCCAGUGCGAUGCUGUUCAAUCUGACUGGAGCGCUCCGAUAUCUGCAUAGAAUGAACAUCGUACACCGAGAUAUUAAACCUGAAAACCUGCUGGUGUGUGAAUAUCCAGAUGGCACCAAGUCACUGAAGUUGGGGGAUUUUGGUCUGGCUACAGUCGUGGAGAGGCCGCUGUACACCGUCUGUGGAACGCCCACUUACGUCGCCCCUGAGAUUAUUGCAGAAACCGGGUACGGUCUGAAGGUGGACAUCUGGGCGGCGGGUGUGAUCACGUAUAUCCUCUUGUGCGGGUUUCCUCCAUUCCGCAGCGAGACGAACCAGCAGGAGGAGCUGUUUGACCAGAUCUUACUGGGCCAACUGGAGUUUCCCGCUCCAUACUGGGACAAUAUCAGCGCCUCUGCUAAGGAUUUAAUUGGUAAAAUGCUGCAGGUGAAUGUAGGUGCUCGUUACACGGCUGACGAGGUGCUGGAGCACCCGUGGGUGCAGGACGAUGCAAUGAUGGACACAAACAUGGCGUGUGAGAUGGAAGAUGCAGCAGAAUCAGAGUUCACACACAACGACACGGAAGCAGAGCGCCAUCACGAUGACAGCUGGCAGUAGCUGAUGAAUCUCUGGAUUUGAAGUCCCGAACACCAAAACCUCAACACUGAGACCAGACCAGACCAGACACUCUCUCAGUCCAUCAUUCUCACAUUUGAUCAUUCUGGAAUAUUCUGUAUCUGUUUAAUCGUCAUGUAAAAAUAUCUAAAGAAUAUUCAAACACAUAUUUGUCAGUGUGGAAGAACAUGUUUCCUUUAGAAUGAAGUUUUCUCUGUUUUACUUCUGGCAAAUAUCUUGUGUUGGUAAAAUCAUAAACGUUGCAACAUUAGGUUCAAUUUCUCUGAAAACAUCAAACCUUCUCAAGUAAAUAUGUCUUGUUUAAGAAUGUUUACAUACAGUAUUUUAUUCCUGGAAAUAAUAAAAACUAUAAAUGAAUGUUUGAUUUUCUGCAGCUCACCUCCCCUAUGCACACUGUAUACUUCCCAUACUAGUUCUGCAGUGUAUAGUGUGUAUACCGUGUGCAGUGUGUACACUAUCUGAAUGCAUGAGUGUGUCAGGAUUCACAAACAUCCUGGAAUAUGAAACGUUACACUUACAACUGCUGAUCCGGAGGGGAGAAACUCCGUCAAAAACACAGAAAUGCCCAAAUUAAAGCUUUGAUUUAAAUGGACGUGUGAAAUGGAGAUAAAUAAUCAAACAUAAUGUUUAUCCUUUUAUCUUCCUCGAGCUUACAAACAAUCCACCAAACCUGCAUCAGACCUUCAGACUGUUCUUCAAUAGUGUUGAACAGUGUUUAUUCCCUCUCUCUCUCUCUCUCCUGUAAUGCCUUUCAAUCUCUCUCGCUCUCUCUCUCCUGUAAUGCCUUUCAAUCUCGAUCUCUCUCUGUAUAUA